AUGGCGUCGCUUCUCAAAUUCAAGCUCCUCCCGACGCACUACUGCGGCGUUGCUCAGAGUCCCACUUUAAGCCCUAGGACCAGUCCUCUCGUUCACCUCCGCCGCCGGAAAACCACUCUUCGGAUGCUUCUCACUCGGAAUUCCGGCCGUCGGUCUCCUCGCCGCCCCCGCGCCUUACCGGAGAAUAAGAAGAGAGACGACCAUAAGGGUUUGUCGCGGAGUAACACGUUGAAGGAUUUGUUCGUUUCGUCUCCACCGUAUGUUGGGACUGACUGUGAUGUUCACGAGACGGCGGUCACGGCUCCAACCCAGAACGCAACUCCAGUUUGUGAGAAGGAGAAGGAGGAGGGUCGCGUUGGAUCGCCCGGUUGGAAUCCCGGUUCUCCUAGACCGGGUUGGACCGGUUUCCGAUAUAAAUACUUGCUUCGGAAAACUUGGCGGCCGGUGCUCGUCGGAAUCCCCGAGUAA